AUGACGUACGAGACAGUUAAAACCUUUUACACAAACAAAAACAUAUUUCUAACGGGUGGUUCAGGUUUUGUUGGUGUUUCUUACAUAGAAAAAGUACUCAGAAGCAUGCCAGAUGUUGGAAAUAUAUUUAUUUUACUUCGACCACGGAAGGGACAAGGCAUUCAAGAAAGAUUGGAUACUAUGAAAAACAAUUCGGUAUUUGAUGUUCUUAGAACUUCUGAGGGUUUUGAUGAAUUAUUAAAUAAGAUAAAACCUGUAUGUGGAGAUAUAUCUGAGGAAAAUUUAGGAUUAUCAGAUGAGGAUUUCAAAAUGUUAUGUGACAAUGUGAAUAUUGUAGUUCAUUGUGCAGCCACGUUAGAUUUUGAAACUGAUCUCAAAACAGCUGUAAUUGUCAACUUGAUGGGUACCAAAAGUAUAGUAGAGCUAAGCAAGAAAAUAAAAAACCUUCAAUGUUUAUUGCAUGUAUCUAGUGCCUAUGUUAAUAGUAAUAAAAAUUAUGCAAUGGAAAAAAUUUAUGAUGCACCAGCGAACUAUAAUGAUAUUAUAAAUUAUACUCAAACUAUGGACACCGAGAAAUUAAACAGCAGUGCGGAAAAGAUUAUGGGAGAUCACAUUAAUACUUACACAUUCACUAAAGCUUUGGCUGAACAUGUUGUUAAUGAUGCCAGAAAUAUUAUUCGUACCUGUAUAGUACGACCAAGCAUGAUUGUUGCUGCAUGGAAAGAACCUGUUGAAGGCUGGACAGUAUCAAAAAAUGGUCCUCAAGGAUUUAUAAUGGGUGCUUCAAAGGGUGUAGUAAGGCGUUUACCAGUUAACAAGUCUUUAAUAUAUGAUUAUAUCCCAGUAGACGUGGUAAUAAAUACAAUGAUUGCUGGUACAUGGUUUAGUGCUCAAUUGCCAGAUAGUACACCGACCGUAGAUGGACAAACGCCAAUAUUUCAUUGUACAACUAGCACAUGUAAUCCAUUCCGUUGGAAUGACAUUUCAUCAAUAUUGACAACUACUUUACAUAAUUAUCCCAUACGUGGAGCUGUGUGGUAUCCUAAUAUAAAAUUUUUGCCCAAUUUAUUCAUGUAUUGGAUUUCUUCAGCCAUUUUUCAUUUUAUUCCAGCUUAUAUAUUAGAUUUUGUUACCAAAAUCUCUGGUGGAAGACCAAUCCUUGUACGAUUACAUAAAAAUGUGAACCGAUCACUCAGUAAACUUGCACCAUUCAUAUUUAAUGAAUGGAAAUUUGAUAAUGCUCGUACACUUCGUUUACAAGAAGAACUGAGUGUGGAUGACCAAUCUGUAUUUUACAUUGAUCCUACAUCUUUAAAUUGGACUCCAUAUUUUAUAAACCUUACAUUGGGUGUACGGAAAUAUUUACACAAAGAAAGUGAUAAAACAAUGAAACAAGCAUUGAAGAAAAAUUUUAUGUUGAUGUUGGCAAAUACUGGUGUACAGUUAUUGGUAGUGACUGGAAUUUGGUAUUUAUCUUCAUUCAUAACUGGUACACCAUUCUUAUCAAACUAUUGGGCUGCAUUAAUAGUUAUUAUUUUUGGAUAUGUUUUUUAA